AUUAUAAUUCUCCCUUUCAUUAUGACAACACCCAUAAUUCAAGCCACUAAAGAUAAAGGAGAUAUAAAGUAUGAAGAAUGGAUGGAAUCAAUAGUUAAAGAUUAUAAAGUAUUACAAAAAGACAUGAAUAAACUUGUUAUGGAUUAUUUUAUUAAAGAGGGUUUUAAAGAUGUUGCCGAAAAAUUUGAAAUAGAAUCUGAAACUCAAGCUAAUAUUAAUCUAAAUAAAUUGGAUGAACGGGUAAAGAUUCGGAAAAGUAUUGAAAAUGGAGAUAUUGAUUCAUCUAUAACAUUAAUAAAUGACAAAUACCCAGAACUAUUAGAUGAUAAUCGAUAUUUAUUUUUUCAACUACAACAACAACAAUUAAUUGAAUUAAUACGUCAAAAAAGGAUUGAAGAUGCACUUAUAUUUGCUCAGAAUAAUUUGGCAGAAUAUGGAGAAGAUAAUUCUGAAGUAUUAGAUCAACUUGAAAAAACAUUAGCAUUGCUUGCAUUUGAUGAACCUGAAAAAAGUCCUUUUGGUGACUUAUUAUCUCAUAAUCAUAAACAAAAGAUAUCAAGUGAUAUUAUAGCGGCUAUUUCAAAUUAUGAAAACUUAUCCUCAUCGCCAGAAUGUAAUUUGAGCAAUGUCUUAAAACUACUCCUUUGGUGUCAAUCGGAUUUGACUGGGAAGAAAAUUUCGUUUCCUAAAAUGACCGACAUUUCUCAAGGAAUAAUACCAAUACCAACAACUCCCCAAGAACCUAAAAAAUAAAUAUGAACCUUCCAGUUUGAAAAGCGGUUUCCAUAAAAUAAAUUAUUGUUACAAGCGUUGAGUAUUAAAUGAUUAAUAAUUAUGUAAUUUAUUAUAUUAUACGCCAUAAUUAUAAUAAUAUUCCCCAAAUAUGUAUAUAUAUUAUUUAAAAAAUUUUAU